UGGGAGGUGGGCGGGGCGGAGCAUGGGUGUCCAGCCCCGUCGCUUUGUUUUCCCACGCCAGGCGCUACCACCACAGGGAUACCGACCAGGCCCCGCCCCGCGCUAAGCCGAGGGUAGCGGGAAAGUGCGCUCCCCAAGAAUCUGGGGUGGAGGGGCCGCUGCCACCGCCCUCGGUCCACAGGUGCUGCGAGCCGUAAGCUCCCCCGACCCGCGACAUGGGCUCGGACGCCUGGGUGGGCCCUUGGCGGCCACACCGGCCUCGCGGCCCCAUCGCGGCGCACUACCGAGGCCCCGGGCCCAAAUACAAGCUGCCGCCCAACACCGCGGACGACUUGCGGCCCGGGGCCUGGCCACCUGGUGCCCGCCCGCAUGACAGUGCGCGGCCCGGACAGCGCCCCCGCCUACUCCAUCUACGGCCGCCCGCGCCACUCAGCGCCCUUCCCAACUCCGGGACCCGGUCAGCACCCCCAGGACCCUGGCCACCCCAACGCCGAACUGCCUCCAGGGAGGUCCACCUGGGAAUCCCCCACCUGAACGCCGAGUCCCCCUCGGAUACCCUAACACCGCAUAUUCGGCAGGUACUUCCCGGAGCGAGCGGGGAACGCGACGUACCCCAGCGCGCCUCGGCACACCAUUGCUCCCCGAAACUGGGGUACCUACGCCGAGCAGCAGAGCCCAGGUCCGGGGGCCUAUACUGUGCCCUCGCUCUUGGGUCCGCGAGUUAUCGGCAAAGUCUCCGCCCCAACAUACUCCAUCUACGGCCGCAGAGCAGCGGGCAGUUUCUUCGAGGACCUCAGCAAGACCCCGGGCCCCUGCGCCUACCACGUGGUGAGCCCGGGGGUCUACAAGUCCCGGGCCCCCCAGUUCACGAUGCUGGCGCGAACUUCGCUCCCCCAAGACAGCACGCAGAAGCCGGGGCCCGCAGCUUACAACGUGGACCAGCACCGGAAGCCCCGCGGGUGGAGCUUCGGGAUCCGGCACUCGGACUACCUGGCCCCUCUGGUGACCGACGUGGACAACUGACCCGCCGGGCGGGCGCGGCCCCACACUUGUUUGCUUAAAGUUUGCGAGCCUG